AUGUCUAAUUUAGUAUCUCGUGCGUUCAAUUAUAUUUUUGGAGUUAGACCGAAUAAUUCAUCGCUGCUUUUAUCAGUAACAAAUAAGUCAAUCAUAUUAAACCAAAUAAAGUAUCGUCAUACGAAGCAUUGGAAUCCAAAAUUUAAACAAUUUAGGAAAGAAAAAGUUAUUAAAGUUAAAUUACCUGAUUUCAAUGAAUAUGAUGAAAACGUAUCACAGGAGAAAAUGAAAGCCAAGUUCAAAGAACAAGGUCUGUUGCCUUCACGACCUUGGAUUGAAAAACCAAUCUUUAUAGGUUGUACCGGUUCUAUUUUCGAGCCGUACGUUCCACCAGAAGGUGAUGUAAGGAAAAUUCGAACAUUUGACGAAGAAUUUUCAAUUGGAGAAUUCGAAGAUGAAUCUCAACAAAUUUAUUUAAAAGCACAUGAAGCAAUGGCAAAGAAGUUCAACACAAUACUCUUGAUAAGACCAUACAUUGGACCUUCAAUGAAUCAUUGGAACCUCCCCGUGUUGUGCAUGCCCGUUACUUUAGCAGUUUACGAUCGUUUCGGUCGUCUUAUUCACGGAAGUGAAAUUGUAAAAAAAGAUGUUCUCGAGUACGUCGUUUUUGAAAAGCAUAUAGCAAAUCAAUACGGCACUUGGAGAAUUCACGCUAAAAUAAUCCCACCGUGGAUGCCGGAAAAAGAACAUGCCAAAAGAACUUAUGUCCUACAGCCGGAAAGUCCAGAUGAUGAAGAUGAUAAUGCUGCUAAAAAGGACUCUAGUUCUGAAGCAUUACAAACUGCUCCUAUAACAAAAAAUGAUCCACAACCCCAAAUUAAUACUUAA